AUGCCUGAUUUCACCCGAGACGAUGAGCACAGUUUAGAUUUAUUGCGCAAAAAAAAUGAGCUUGGUAAAAUUAAAGCCGAGGAAUCCAAUUUGUUGCAACAACUGGAGCAGAAAUAUGAUAUAUUCAUUAGAGAGGGCUUGAGCAACAUGUCAAGAAUGGUACCACGUAGAACCACACGGCAGCUUCGACUGCGAUGCGUUCUGAUAUCAUGGCCAAUGCUUUUAUUGAGUCUUGGUUUAUUUUUUGUUUUUACACUUUUUUUGUUGCAAUUUUAUGAGGGAGGAGGGGGCUGGUCUCUUUUCCUUCUCCAAUGGCACAUUUGUCUUGUUGGAGUGUUGGUGGUUUUGGUGGCAUUGGUGUGUUGCACACAAAUCCGUGAGCGUCUUUUUAUUAAUAGAGCCAUUCUGUGCGCCUGUGUGUUGAUUUCAGUGGUAUUGGGGUUGUUGACGCUUGCGGUCUUGUUUCGCGGCCGUGAUGAGGAAUAUAAUCGAUGGGACCGAGGUCUGUUUGUAAUCUUCGGGGUGGGGGAAGGGCUGAUUGUUGUGGAGUCGGCAUCACUUCUAUUCAACUCUUUUUAA